GGCAAGGGCCGGUCCUCGAGUGCACCAUAAAAUAUGCUAAAUUACAUGUCGUAUCUGCCACGAUAAGUAGUUGCAACCAAUUUUUACGUAUAAAUACAGGGGGUGCGUUGUGAGUGCAUCAUUCCAAGCUUUGUCAUCAGACUUGCAACCUGCAGCCAACAUACAUACAACAUGAUGCGCUUUGUGAUCCUCGUCUUGGCAGUAGCCGCAGUCAGCGCUGACGUCAGCAGUUUCCAGACCUUCCAAGAUCCUCAAUAUACGACCCCCAUCCCCAUCAUCAGGCAGGAACAGGUCAUCAACCCCGACGGCUCAUACAAAUGGAGUUAUGAGACCGGCAACGGAAUCGCGGCUGAAGAGCAGGGCUACGUGAAGAACCUGGGUGUCCCAGACCAGGAGGCGCAGACAGCGCAAGGACAAUAUCAGUACACCGCUCCUGAUGGCCAGGUUAUCCAGCUAACCUACAUCGCGGACGAGAACGGUUUCCAACCCCAAGGGGCGCAUCUCCCGACCCCUCCCCCGAUCCCAGCUGACAUCCAGAAGGCUCUGGAUUACCUCGCCACGCUGCCGCCUCCGACCCCUGACAACAGGAACUACAGAACUCAAUAG